AUGGCGUCAAUCGCUUCGUCUUACAUGAAUGGCCUGCUGCCUCGAAUCCAUGUCAUCGGCCUCGGCAGCAUCGGCACAUUCACCGCACACUCCAUCUCAGAGAUCUCCUCCGGACCACCGGUGACCCUCCUGUUACACCGAAAAUCCCUCCGAGACGAAUACCGCUCAGCCGGCAACCAAAUUCGAUUCGAGUCGAGAGAUGGGAAAAAGCGCACUUCCCUCGAAUAUGACCUCGAAACGCUCUACGACGGCCAAUGGCACAGCAGUCCGCACGAUAGUCAAAACGACAAUAAUCCAAAAGUCGUCCGAGACACUAUCUCCAACCUCAUUGUCUGUGUAAAGACGACCCAGACAGUCUCGGCCCUCCGACCCCUCGCGCACCGCCUGAAUCGCGACUCGAACAUCCUCUUCCUUCAAAAUGGCGCCGGAAUGAUCGACGAAAUCAACGGCAAAAUCUUCUCGGAUCCCGCCUCUCGACCAAGCUUCCUCAUCGGAGUCAUUUCCCACGGCGUCACUCUAAACGGCCCCUUUGAUAUCACACACACCGGAUUCUCCGCAACCUCUAUCGGAGCCGUUCCUCGCGAUUCGGGAUCGUCUGCUAUUCCCGACUCGCAAUCAUCGUUCCUCCGAGACGUCCUCCCUCGCUCUGCGACAUUGAACGCUGCCUCCUAUUCCUACAAAGACAUCCUCCAAAUCCAACUUGAAAAACUGGCAGUAAACGCAUUCUGUAACCCCGUCUGUGCACUGAAUGAUUCCAUGAACGAGUUCCUCUUCUCCGUCCCACAUAUAAGGAGGUCUAUACUGGAGGAAAUCUCCCAGGUUGUUCUUGCCCUGCCGGAGCUGAAGGGCGUGCCGGGUCUUGAGGAGAGGUUUUCAGUGCAACGGCUGGAAGACACUGUGAACAUGAUUAUUGAGAAAACGGCUAAGACGACUUGCUCGAUGGUCUGGGAUCUCAGGGCUGGGAGGGAGACGGAGAUUAAUUUUAUUAAUGGGUCUUGGAGUCGGAUGGGGAGGAAGGUUGGUGUUGAGACGCCGGUCAAUGAUGAUCUUGUGAGGCGGAUUCUGGACAGGAGUUUGAGAAAGUAG